GGGCCCCCGGCCCAGGAGGCUCCACACCUGAACCUCUCCCCUCUGCACCUGCUCCUCUGACCUGCUCCACCUCCACCCACCAGAACCAUGACCUGCUGUGGCUGCUCCGGGGGCUGUGGCUCCAGCUGCUGUGUGCCUGUCUGCUGCUGCAAGCCCGUGUGCUGCUGUGUGCCGGCCUGUCCCUGCUCUAGCUGUGGGUCCUGCAGGGGCUCCAAGGGGGGCUGUGGGUCCUGCGGGGGCUCCAAGGGGGGCUGUGGGUCCUGUGGGGGCUCCAAGGGGGGCUGUGGGUCCUGCGGGGGCUCUAAGGGGGGCUGUGGGUCCUGUGGGGGCUCCAAGGGGGGCUGUGGGUCCUGUGGGGGCUCCAAGGGGGGCUGUGGGUCAUCCUGCUGCAAACCCUGUUGCUCCCAGUCCUGCUGCUGCAAACCCUGCUGCUGUGAGUCCUGCUGCUGCAAACCCUGCUGCUCCCAGUCCUGCUGCUGCAAGCCCUGCUGCUGCCAGUCCAGCUGCUGCAAACCCUGCUGCUCCCAGUCCUGCUGCUGCAAACCCUGCUGCUGUGAGUCCAGCUGCUGCAAACCCUGCUGCUGUGAGUCCAGCUGCUGCAAACCCUGCUGCUGUGAGUCCUGCUGCUGCAAGCCCUGCUGCUCCCAGUCCAGCUGCUGCAAACCUUGCUGCUGUGAGUCUAGCUGCUGCAAGCCCUGCUGCUCCCAGUCCUGCUGCUGCAAACCCUGCUGCUCUCAGUCCAGCUGUUGUGUCCCUGUUUGCUGCCAGUGCAAGGUCUGAGAUGGUGCCCAGAGACCCCGUGGCUGGGAGAUAUGAACCACUGUAUUCAAAUGUCUCCCACUUCCUUCUACCAGUUUGUCCCAGUUUUGUGUUUAAAACCAAAUGCAAGGCAUCUUUAAAUAAAAUCUUUCUCUAAACCCAGA